AUGGCUAGGUCUACCUGGAUAGAUAUUCGAGCUGGUCUCGAUGAUUUAGUGUUUGAGGAGCACCGCCAAGCGUAUGCGGAGUUUUCUGACCUAGUGGAUGCAGAUGCGCAAGCUCCACAGAUGAUAAUGCUGGUAGGAGAGGUGCAGAAGACGGCAUCCAUUCAGAAGCUGGGCUUCGGGAUGGCUAGAGCACCAAAUCACAGUGGCGAUAUUCGGCUUUCUGUAGAUCCAGAGACUACUCGCUGGGAAUCCCCAGUGCUCAUUGCCGACUGCGAACUUCACGUCCCAAAGACUUUUAGCAGGAUCAUAGCUGGAAAAGCCCCUCUAGGUAUCACGCGCAGGUCGCUAACCUGGCGAAAGCGGAUGCCGCUAGGGAUUGGAAUUGAGCCAAAAGAUAUUUCUAAUCUAUUUUACACUCAAAUUAUGCUACCUUUUAGCACCCUGAUCUGCUUCUUUGCAGACGACUUCCGGGGACUUGGGGAAGUCGCGAUGCUCUUGGCGACAUGGCUGGUAAAUGUCAUCAAUUGCCCGUCGGACCUCCCGAACAACACACAACCCCGGAUCAUGAUUCUACUAAAAGAAAACAACAGCGGCGAAUUCAACGAGGAGACUGCGAUGCCACAGUUUCUCCGAAUGCUUGUGGAAGAGGCUGCACAUCGCAGCCGGUCGCCGAUAGAGCGAACUCGAGGUCGGAUCUCUCCCGCAAAUAUAGCGAUGCUAUUUUCUCAUUUUGGAAAUAUACGCAUACUAGCUCUCCCGCAGCCUCAAUCUCCCCACCGAGAGUGGAAAGCGCUUCGAAAACAAAUCUUAGACGAGUCGGAGAGUGUAUGCAUCGAACGUUCGAAGGCCCAAUUUAUCUUCUCUGCGACCCACCUCACAUCGCUUUUUAGCUUCGCAUGCGACCACUUUUGCGGCGAUGUAGUGAGACCAUUCAACUUCAUACGUGCGUCACGCCUUCCGAGUCCUGUCCCAAGAAACAUGGCUACGCACUUGUCAGAGUUUAUGAGUCAAGUUGAUUCCGUACGCCUCCACACCUUCGCUGUUCCAUUUAUUGCAUCCGCUCUAGCCCUGGAUGCGUACCCUCCUGAAAUGCAUGGUAAGGCGCUUGCUUCUGUUAACGGUACACCACCUAACAUGGCAGCAGUUUUUAAUCCCCGCGCCGUCUUUGAUGAGCUCUACAAGCAGAUUUGUCAGGGCAUUCGUAAUCCUCGGAGCGAAAAUGCAGAAGAGAAUGCCUUUGAUACUUUGCAGUUAACUGAUGCAAUCGAACAUCAGUUUUGUCAGAACGUUGUUGUUAUUGCUGAAGGAAAGACAAGUGCUGCUGCUGCGCAUCAGAGCUGUCUAUACUACUUUCGUGAAGAAUGGGCUGAAAUUCGCAGCACAACUUCCUGCUUUGGCUGCGUAGCAAGGCGACCAGAGCAUGCUUGUUCCUGCGGACAUGCCUUCUGUGAUCUGUGCCUCGUCAAUUAUGGUAGGAGUGCUCCAGGUGCGCCGUGGACCAUAGCGGUCAAAUUUUGCCCAUUGUGUGAUGUUGAGGUAAACAAGGUUGUCAAGCUUAAGCCUCCAACUGCCGGGGUCCGCGUAUUUACUGCUGAUGGGGGAGGAGUGCGCGGCGUAGUCGGCAUUCGAUGGCUUAAAGUACUGGAAUCUAACCUACGCCUCCCAAUGCCCAUUCAGGAGCAUUUUGACCUUGUGGUUGGAACAAGUUCUGGCGGAUUGACGGGCUGGGGGCUGUCUGGCGAGGGUUGGUCAGUCGAAGAGUGUGACAAUCGGUAUGAGACGCUUUCAGGGGUAGCAUUCCACACUGGACUUCCCCCCCAGCUGCAUUCGAUAGGUAUAAUCCAGAUGAUCCGACACAUCAUUGUCUCAUGCACUACUGGCAGUCGCUAUAGCUCCUCCGGAAUCAAAAAAGCUAUCUGUUCGUCAUUUGGGGAAGAUGCGGUCCUAUUUGGCAAUGCAACUAGUACUAAAAUCGCAAUCACGGCUACAACCACAGACAAAUCCUCUACCGUGAUCUUUACAAACUAUAGCGGUCCUCAAAGACCAGUGGGCUGCGGUUACACAACCCCGAGCGGGAAAGACGCACGAGACAUGAAGGUUUGGGAGGUUGCCCGAGUAACUUCCGCCGCCCCCCCAUACUUCAAGCCAUAUAAGGGUUACCACGAUGGCGGCCUUGGGGGCCACAACAAUCCAGUCAACCUCGCACUCUGGGAACAAGAUCUGAUAUGGGAUCGCAAAGGAAAGCAGCCCGAUUUUGUGCUCUCCCUUGGGACUGGUUCAGCUAUUGAAAGUGAUAGCGGCGAUACAGAAGGCAGAACAAAUACCUCCUGGAUCUCCCAGUUGUUCUUGCCAAGACUGUUUAGGUCAUUCAUGAAGCUGCUAGACGGCCAGAAGACUUGGUUGGAGCUUCUGAAUAGUGUACCUCAAGAACACCGAUCUCGCUAUCACCGCUUCACACUCGGCUUUCAUGGACCAGAGCCAAAGCUGGAUGAUGUUAACUGUAUGCAAGGCCUAAGAGAGAGAGUCGACACUGAUGCCUCACUACUAGCGGCCGAAGUUCGUCGCUGCAUUGACAAUAUCCUGGCAUCGCUCUUCUACCUAGAGCUUGACUGUCUGCCAUUGGCUUCCGGAUUCAGCCUUCUGUGCCAAGCUCGAAUAUUGUGCCGGUUAGACCCGGGUACACGGGAGUUACGCGCUUUGCUAUGGCAACUAAAGGAGAGCCAGGCACGCUUCUAUGUUCAGUCUACAGAGCAGGUUCCCUGUGUUGAUCAGGUAUCCUAUACCAAGAUACAGCACGGCGAGCCAUUCUGCACACCAGUGGAGUUUCGUAUAUCCUCCAUGGAUGAUCUAGUAGACGUCAAGGUUGACGGGAUAACCCAACGAGCUCGCAGAGGCAUGGUAAAGAGCGAAAAGCGGAAAACAGAAACAAACAGGGCUAUGGGCGGGAAGGCUGCCGAUUUGCCGAAGGUUACGGCGGCAAAGGGUGGACCACAAGUCCCUAGCCAACGGAGGGCCUCCACUAGUCCCUACUUGGAAACUCUGGCCAACGGCCACAACCGGCCGCACCCGUUGGCCAGAGUUUCCAAGUAG